CUGUAGAUAGCAAAGCCUGAGAGAGAGAGAGAGUAUCAGCGACAGAGCCUGUGAUAGGUAGAGUAUUUCUGUGACUAUGUGUGAAAGAGAGAAAGAGAAAAAGAGAGAGAGAGUGAGUGAGUGUAUCAGCGACAGAGUGUUUUUAGAGUCUAUCAGUCACUGUGUCUGAGGGAGAAAGAGGAUAAGUGGAAGCGCUUUUUUUUUUGUUGUUGUGGAAAAUUUAACGACUGCACCGGUUACGAGCGGUCGCACAGACGCACGCGGAGGAGCCCAUGGGAAGGAGCGGGAAGGACAGGGUGCCAUGUGCGUGUCUGCGGUGGAGAUUACAGCCUGCUCCGGCAGCCGAGUCCAGCCUCAACCACAGGUGUUCCGAUUACUGCCUGCUUAAAGGGGACUCUCUUUAAUGUGAUUUUUUUUUUUUUCGUUUUGCUAACCGAAUUUUUUUUUUUUUUUUUGAAAGAAUAACAAUGUUUUAACGAGGACCAGGAGAGUUUUCCGGGAAGUAUAAUAUCGUACCGAGAGAGACCUGCAGGGAAAGAAGAGAAAAGACAAAACAAACUGAGAGGGAUGAAGAGUGUCAGAGGGGUGAUGCUUUACUGGCUAAAAUGGAUGGAAUGGUUUUUCCCAUAGAUGUGUGAAAGGCAUUCUACAUACAGAGAAAAUGCUGCAGUUUGGCUAACUGGAAAAGACAAGGGACGAUUCUCAACCUCAGUUCUAGAGUGGAGCACCUUGCGAGGCUGUUGGAAGGGUUUACAGAUAUAUCCUUGCACAAAGCUCCUGACGCCGAGAGGUUCCUGAGCACAGUGAGCUGUUCCUGAGCACAAGGAGUGGUUCCUGAGGACAGGGAGCGGUUCUUACCAUCACCACCAAUGGACUCAUCAGCGCCCCCCGCCAGCUCAAGACUGCACAGCGUUCCGGCCCCUCAGCGCCUGGGGCCCCGCGAGUGAUGAGCGCGGGCGGGGCCGGCCGCUACAGCAUCGUCUCGUCGGAGGAAGAGGGCCCGCGCGCCGCCACCAUGCCCGGGGUCAACGGCUUCGGCAACGGCAAGAUCCACACGCGGCAGAAGUGCCGCAACCGCUUCGUGCGGAAGAACGGCCAGUGCAACGUCCACUUCUCCCACAUGGACGACAAGUCCCAGCGCUACCUGUCGGACAUGUUCACCACCUGCGUGGACAUCCGCUGGCGUUACAUGUUCAUCAUCUUCACGCUGGCCUUCAUCGUGUCCUGGCUGGCCUUCGGGCUGGGCUUUUGGCUCAUCGCGCUGGUCCACGGCGACCUGGACAACCCCGGCGGGGACGAGAACUUCACGCCCUGCGUGCUCCAGGUCAACGGCUUCGUGGCGGCCUUCCUCUUCUCCAUCGAGACGCAGACCACCAUCGGCUACGGCUUCCGCUGCGUGACCGAGGAGUGCCCGCUGGCCGUCUUCAUGGUGGUCUUCCAGUCCAUCGUGGGCUGCGUCAUCGACUCCUUCAUGAUCGGUGCCAUCAUGGCCAAGAUGGCACGGCCCAAAAAGCGGGCGCAGACGCUGCUCUUCAGCCACAACGCCGUCAUCGCCAUGCGGGACGGGAAGCUGUGCCUGAUGUGGCGGGUGGGCAACCUCCGGAAGAGCCACAUCGUGGAGGCGCACGUCCGCGCGCAGCUGAUCAAGUCGCGGGUCACCGAGGAAGGGGAGUACAUCCCCUUCGACCAGAUAGACAUCAACGUGGGCUACGACAAGGGCGUGGACCGCAUCUUCCUGGUCUCGCCCAUCACCAUCCUCCACGAGAUCGACGAGGAGAGCCCCCUGUUCGGCAUCAGCAAGCAGGACCUGGAGACGUCCGACUUCGAGAUCGUGGUGAUCCUGGAGGGGAUGGUGGAGGCCACGGCCAUGACCACCCAGGCACGGAGCUCCUACCUGUCCAGCGAGGUCCUGUGGGGGCGCCGCUUCGAGCCGGUCAUCUUCGAGGAGAAGAACCAGUACAAAGUGGACUACGCCAACUUCCACAAGACCUUCGAGGUGCCCUCCACCCCUCGCUGCAGUGCCAAGGACAUGGUAGAGAACAAGUUCCUGGUCCCCAGCGCCAACACCUUCUGCUACGAGAACGAGCUCGCCUUCAUCAACAGGGACGAGGAGGACGAGGGAAAUGCGGAAGGGGUUCUAGAUGAAGGCGGCACCGGCCGACACGAGCUGGAGAGACUGCAGGUUACUCUACCCCUAGACCAGCGGCCAUACCGGAGAGAAUCGGAAAUAUGACCCCUGACUUUUGACCCGAUGUCGGCAUCACUAUUAUUCUUUUCUUGGUUUGUUUCGUUGUUCUGUUCAUGAACACAUGUCGAACAAUGCAAGUGCCAUAUGAGAAUUAUGACUAUUGCGAAAGCUUUGCAGAGUCAAGAGACAGGCAAUAUCUGCUGAGGCGGGAGGGAGAAAUUAUGGUAAGACUAGAAUACUCAGCUUCCUCUGGGAGUUAUCAAGAAUGUCCAAGAUAAAGAAAACGGUCAGAGAACGACCCUUUUUCUUUAUCAAAACUUGAAAUUUUUCUUUUUUUCAUAAGUCGAGCUGAAAGCUUUACAUAAUACAAUGAACGAUGAUUUGGGAUAUUUUUAAAAAGGGAGAAGGUUAUCUUAUAUAUUUAAAGUGUAAAUAGAUUUGCUUAGAUAAGCUAUGUUUCGUGUGGAGUAUUAUUUUAAAGAGAUUUAACAGUUUGUUAUUUAUACACACCGCUCUUUAGCUCUUAGGCACACAUGACUGUAGUAUUGGUGGUGGAAAGGUGCACUGGUCCGCCCCUCCGGAAGUGCUGAACAUGGUGUAUGAAGCACUGGGGCAGGGCCUUUCGCAUUUAGGCUACCGCAGCAGGAAGUGGUUAGCGAGCCGUAGCCACAAGUCACAGAGCACGACACUGUAGAACAGGGGUGUCCAAUCUUAUCCAAAAAGGGCCAGUGUGGGUGCAGGCUUUUGUUAUAGCCCAGCACAAACACACCUGAUUCUACUUAUCAAGGUCUUGAUUGAAGACCAUUCUUAGUUAGUUACUUGAAUCAGGUGUCAUAGUGCUGGGCUAAGACAAACACCUGCACUGGCCCUUUUCGGAUCAGACUGGACACCCCUGCUGUGGAACAUGUCCCUGAAGUGUGGGUUGGAAAUAAAAGCAAUGCGUUUUAAACUGCUACUGGGAUGUGCAAACUGGUAACUGUUGUAACUACGGUUACAGACCGAGCGGCGAGCUCGCUGUGUGGUCGCAGGAGCGUUUCCCCCCUUCGCCGGUCGAUCCUUCUUCGGUCCUCAGAGUGAAACGUUGUUCCCUUAAAUCACUGUCCCUCAACAUCAUCCAAAGCGUCUGACCAUGGUGAAUUUUUAAACACAAAUACAACUGAUAGAAAUUAAGUACUCACAGAGCAGGUGGCAGUGAGGCAUUGGGUGGGA